AUGCAUGGAAUCAGCCAUUUUCUUCACAAACACAAUUCAAGGGAAUCUACUCCUCCUUUAGAAAAAGAUGAUAGUUCUGAAAGCUGGUGUUCAACACUAAGUUCAACCGAUUCUCGUUCUUCUGUGCAAAACGAUAAUCAAACAAAGGCGAUUCCAAUUGGUCGCAGAGGAUGUUGUACUCAUCGAAGUCUUCGUGGAAGUCCUAUGGAUUCUGCGUCAAGUCCUCGUGAUCGAUAUCCGAAUUUUUCUAGCUAUUUCCGAGAUGUCAUGGAAGGUCAUGGCUCGCCAUCUCCACAACAUUAUCACUCACACUAUCUUGAUAAUAAACUAAGAAGAUUUGAGGAGGAACGAUAUCAAACUAGCACGAGUACCUAUCAAACUCCACGUCAUGAUUAUAGGCAUUACGUCUCCCCUCUGUUUAAUGAAGUAAUGGAUAAUAUUCAGGAAAACGAGUACAGUAAGUGCGAAAGAUAUGGUGAAAUAAGCAGUACAAAAUUAUCACAUGCUCCCCAUAGAAGUCGUUUUGAUAAUAAAAGUUUUGCGCAGAAAUUAUCCGAAAGUGUUAACAGUAGUAAAGAACAGCAACAUACUACCGAAAGACGUGGUUCUGGAUCUAGUACUAGUGGUCACAGACACAAACAUCACUCUAUACAGGAGCUAAUCCGUACGUUUAGUAAAAAAAUGGGCCACUGGCGUCACGAUGGAGGCGAAGGUCGUCGCGGAUCAUGUGCUGCACCAAUGGUUGCUUCUGAAAGCACAGCACAAAGUGACGAGUUUCGGUCACGUUCAAAGUCGCUAGAUGGCGAUCACAUACAAACAGUAUUAAAAAGAUCAGUUCUUGAAGAUUGUGGAGCAACAUAUCAAAUAUUCGAAACGAUAUUAAAAGAAGGGGCGUAUUUACGUCGUGCAGCGUCACAAGAAGCUGAGAAACGUCGCUCGUCGCUUGGCAAUGUCCCGGUCGCUCGCCAUCGAGCUUCAGACGCUUUCCUCGAUCCCCAUCACGCGGCUAUAUUGUUCCGGGACUCGAGGGGGUUGCCUGUUGCUGACCCGUUCCUGGAGAAAGUCAGCCUAUCAGAUCUAGAAGAAGAUGAGUCGCAGAUAUUUGUGAAGUUCUUCAAAUUCCACAAAUGCUACGAUUUGAUUCCGACGUCCGCCAAGCUGGUGGUGUUUGAUACGCAGCUACUCGUGAAGAAGGCUUUCUUUGCUCUCGUUUAUAACGGCGUUCGCGCUGCACCGCUAUGGGAUUCGCAGAGGCAGAGGUUCGUGGGUAUGCUCACCAUUACGGACUUUAUCAAGAUUCUGCAAAUGUAUUACACCAGUCCCGACGUUACAAUGGACGAGUUGGAGGAGCAUCGUCUCGAGACAUGGCGACAGGUGCUGAAGGGGUCGGUCAUGCCGCUGGUCUCUAUUAGCCCAGACUCGUCCUUAUUCGACGCUAUCAAGAUGCUCAUCACCAAUCGUAUUCAUCGUCUGCCUGUCAUUGACCCCGACACCGGGAACGUACUUUAUAUACUCACACACAAAAGAAUACUACGCUUCCUUUUCUUAUACAUAAACGAAUUGCCAAAGCCGUCGUAUUUACAAUGCAAGUUGCGAGAUUUACGCAUUGGCACUCUAAACGACAUAGAGACGGCUACUGAAGAUACUUCAAUCAUAGAAGCCCUACGGAAGUUUGUGAACCGACGUGUGUCUGCGUUACCGCUUAUUGAUACUGAAGGACGCCUUAAGGACAUAUACGCCAAGUUUGAUGUCAUUAACUUAGCCGCCGAGAAAACGUACAAUAAUUUAGACGUAUCGCUCAAAAAAGCCAACGAACAUAGAAACGAGUGGUUCGAGGGUGUACAGAAAUGCAAUCUCGAUGAAACAUUGUAUGAAGUUAUGGAGAGGAUUGUGCGAGCUGAGGUGCAUCGUUUGGUCGUGGUAGACGAGGAGGACAAGGUGACAGGGAUCAUAUCCCUAUCCGACCUCCUCAUGUACCUCGUGUUGCGCCCCACCGGCGACUGUGAGGGUGCCAGCUUGCGAAAUGAGCACGGCCCUAUAGAGGAAAAGGACGAACAUCCAGAGGAAAACCUUUCUAAACCCUCUAAAUCCUCAAUCUCCAUCCCAGAGGUAGAGUGCCAAGUCUCAAUG